CUGCUUCUUUGCCAGCCCCUCUGAUACCGGAGGGCGGUUCUCACUGCUUUUGUCCCACUAUCCUGGGUCUCCAAGGAGGCAAGCUUUUCCUUCCUAAACGUCUUCUGUCCCAGCUUGUCCUUAGCUGACCCCGAAGUGCUUCCGGACACACCGUCUUACGCUUGGACCUCAGGCCAAGUCUCCUGCCCAGGCAGAGAGACAACGAAGAAACUUUCUUCUGGCUCUCAGUUCCAGUAAAAACAGUGCUUCAUGGCAGGACAGGCAUGGCAGCAAGAGCAACAGCUGGCUGCUGGCCCCCGCAUCAGCCAUGUCCAGCAAGCAGCAACAUGUCUGAAUGCUUGGCCGAUGCCCUGUGCCAGCGCUGCCAGGCCCGGUUUGCUCCCACGGAGCGCAUCGUCAACAGCAAUGGGGAGCUGUACCACGAGCACUGCUUUGUGUGUGCUCAGUGCUUCCGGCCAUUCCCCGAGGGGCUCUUCUACGAGUUUGAGGGCCGGAAGUACUGCGAACAUGACUUCCAAAUGCUGUUUGCUCCAUGCUGCGGAUUCUGUGGGGAGUUUGUCAUUGGACGCGUGAUCAAGGCAAUGAACGCCAACUGGCAUCCAGGCUGCUUCCGCUGUGAGCUGUGUGACGUGGAGCUGGCUGACCUGGGCUUUGUGAAGAACGCGGGCAGGCAUCUCUGCCGGCCUUGCCACAACCGGGAGAAGGCCAAGGGCCUGGGCAAAUUCAUCUGCCAGCGGUGUCACCUCACCAUUGACGAACAGCCCCUCAUGUUCAAGAAUGAUCCCUACCACCCGGAUCACUUCAGCUGCUCCCACUGUGGGAAGGAGCUGACCUCUGACGCCCGAGAGCUGAAGGGCCAGCUCUACUGCCUGCCCUGCCACGACAAGAUGGGCAUCCCCAUCUGUGGGGCCUGCCGCAGGCCCAUUGAGGGCCGAGUGGUCAAUGCGCUGGGCAAACAGUGGCAUGUGGAGCACUUUGUCUGUGCCAAGUGUGAGAAGCCGUUCCUGGGGCACCGGCACUAUGAGAAGAAGGGCCUAGCCUACUGUGAGACCCACUACAACCAGCUCUUUGGAGAUGUUUGCUACAACUGCAGUCAUGUGAUUGAGGGCGAUGUGGUGUCAGCUCUCAGCAAAGCCUGGUGUGUGAACUGCUUUUCCUGUUCCACCUGCAACAUGAAGCUCACUCUGAAGAACAAGUUUGUGGAAUUCGAUAUGAAGCCUGUGUGUAAGAGAUGCUAUGAAAGGUUCCCCCUGGAGCUGAAGAAGAGGCUAAAGAAGCUGUCUGACCUGACCUCCCGCAAGGCCCAGCCCAAGUCUGUGGACAUCAAUUCAGUCUAAAGGUCCUCAGUCUCCAUGUGUGUGCCUGUGGAACCUCUGCUUUCACCCUCCUGCCCCAGUUCUUGCUGACCACCUCCCAUUUCUGCUCCAUCCCAGCUCCGCCAUCCACCCUGCUCCCUGUAUGUCAUCCUUCCUGUUUCCACUCUACAGUGGGCUAAGGAGCUUCUCAUGCCCACAACAGGAACAGGGACAGGAACAAACUGGGACAGGAUUGUCUGCCACUUACUUGUCCUGCAGAUCACAGCCUUACACCAGUCCAUUCCAUUCUCCUGGGAAGCUGUCCCAGGCCUGGGGCCAGCACCAUGGAGGUGGAGGCAUGGGGGCGGGUCACCCUUCAGUUAUUCAACCACAUUAGGUCCCUGUGCUUACACUGUGUCAGCAAAUCCACCUCUGGAUGAAGCAGAUGGAGGGCUGAGAUUCCCACUGCCUUCACUACUCAGGAGACCUUCUCGGCUGCUCACCAAGGCUGGGGUCCCACUUCUGUGGAGGCAUACUGCCCCACCCAGCUCAAGCCUGCAAUCGGUCACACACUUGUUCAAUGAAGGCUGAUUCACACACUCA